AUGUAUAUUUUUUAUUUGCAGGCCAAUCUCAUUUCAAACCACAAUUAUCCAGUGGAGGAGCAUACAGUGCACACCUCCGACGAUUAUAUACUCACCAUUUAUCGCAUACCCACUUCACCCAAGCUGCAGCAGCUCAACGCGUCCAUUGCAGAGAAGCCUGUGGUGUUUCUUCAACAUGGCAUACUCUGUGCCUCGGACGAUUGGAUCAUCAAUGGUCCAGAGACGUCGCUAGCCUAUAUGUUUGCCGAUGCGGGCUAUGAUGUCUGGCUGGGCAAUGCCAGAGGUAAUACCUAUUCACGCCAGCACAAGCACAUACAUCCGGAUACUACGGAUUUCUGGCGGUUUAGCUGGCAUGAGAUAGGCGUCUAUGAUCUGGCUGCCAUGCUGGACUAUGCGCUAUCUGUGAGCAACGCCAGCUCGCUGCAUUUUGUGGCACAUUCCCAGGGCACUACCACAUACUUUGUUUUAAUGUCCUCGCUGCCUUGGUACAACGAGAAGGUGCGCUCUGUGCAUCUGCUGGCGCCCAUUGCCUACAUGCGCAAUCAUUCCUUUAUUCUGUCUAAGCUGGGCGGCAUCUUUUUGGGCUCGCCUUCGUUCUUGAGCUGGGUGCUGGGCAGCAUGGAGCUGCUGCCUAUUACCAGCGUCCAGAAGCUUAUGUGUGAGCAUUUCUGCUCUGAAGCAUCUAUGCUGAAGUUUCUCUGUUCGGGACUGUUGGACUUCAUAGGCGGCUGGGGCACACGGCAUUUGAAUCAUACACUCUUGACCGAUGUUUGUGAAACACACCCAGCGGGCGCUUCCACUACGCAAAUCAUUCACUAUCUCCAGCUGUAUACUUCGGGUGAUUUUCGUCAGUACGAUCAUGGCAAGGAGCAGAAUGAGCUCAUCUAUCAGCAGUCCACGCCGCCUUCGUACAAUGUUGGCAACAUCAAUAGCUGUGUGCAUAUGUAUUAUAGUGAGAAUGAUUAUAUGUCAGCAGUGGAGGAUGUGGAAUAUUUGGCUACGCAACUGCCGUGUGCAAAUCUAUAUCGCGUACCCUACAAAGACUGGAACCAUUAUGACUUUUUGUGGUCAAUUAAUGUAAAAGAAGUGAUAAAUAAUAGAAUAAUUGAAAUAAUGCACAAAUAUGACAAGGAACACGUAACAGGCAUGAGUUUGUAAUUAGUUUAGGGCCGUCAAACUUUAAAGCUUAGCCAAAUUGAAUGCAGUGUACUGUAAAUAUUUUAUAUCUGUAAAUAAUUCUAGUUAGAUAUGAGCUUGUGCGUGAUAUAUACAUAUAAUUACGAUUAAAUACUAUUAAGCUGCGAAAGGUUUGUGAAACGCUAGUACGCAAGUAAAA